ACGAGCUGGCGACGUCGGGCGACGCCGCCGACGAAGACGCCAGCAGCGGCAACAUGAUCGAGAUGGGUCUGAAGGCCCACGAGGCCGACUGGGGCGGGGACCGGCCAGAGCGGCUGGACCCCGGCAAGUACGUGGCCAACAAGCAGAAGGACUACAUACUGGCGCGCUCGUCUCGGGACCAGCUGGAGACGCUGUACGAGGCGCGGGGUCACGAGAUCGGCCGGCUGCGGGCCGAGGCGGAGCGGGUACGCAGCGACACGGCCGCCGAGCUGCGCACCGCGCGCCACCAGGCGGCGCUGGCGGCCGCUGACCGCCAGGGCCUGGAAGUCAGCCUGCAGCAGGCCCGCAGCUUGCUCGUGGAAAAAGAGGCACUGGUUAGUCAGCUGAAAGGAGAAACAGAUUCCCUCAGAAUUCAACUGCAGGCAUCGGAGGAAGCGAAAAAGGAGCAAACAGGCCGCCUGCAGGCGUCCGAGGUGACCGUCGCCAGCCUGCAGACUCAGCUGGCCGAGCUGCAACGCUCCGAGGCGCUGGCGCGUAACACGCAGCGCCACCAGCAGCUGGUGGACGGCCUGCAGCGGCGACACGAGCAGGAGCUGGCUGAGCGGCAGCUGCAGCUGGACCAGCUCACUGCCCAGCUCACCCGCCAGACGGAGCUGGCGGCCAGCCUGCAGUCGCAGCUGACCGAGUCGGAGCAGGACCGGCACCGGCUGGCCGCCGACAAGGGUGACAUCAUCAACCAGCUGACGUCCGGCCUGGAGGCGGCGCAGAGCCGCUGCCGCCAGCUGAUGCAGGGUGACGCUGCGCAGCUGCGCCAACAGCUGGCUGCCGAGGAGACCCGCCGGCUACAGACCGAGCAGCAGCUGGCCACGGCUAAGGAACAGCUGGCGAACCUUCAGCGUGACCUGGACGCCUGCGAGUCGGUGCUGCGACUGGGCGGUACGGAGGAGCCGGCCGCCGACGCGGCCAGGACGUCCUCUGGCGGGGAGUCGGCGCCGUUCUCGCUGCGCCGCGAGUUGGUCCGCUCUCUGGAGAACACACGCGCCCGCCGCGAGGAGGUUACUCGUUUGCGGCCGCAGCUGGCGGACGCCCAGCAGCAGCUGGAGCUGGCGCGCCGGCAGCUGGAAGAGCGUGAUGCGCAGCUGGCCGUCCUCAAGGAUCAGGUGCAGCAGCUGGCGCCUGCCGGCCAGCCGGGACAGCCGGCUGAGAAGGUGGCAGAGCUGGAGCGGCAGCUGGCCGCCGAGCAGAAGCAGCGCAAACUGGCCGAGGAGCAGCUGAAGAAGAUCCGCCACGAGGGCGAGAAGCUGCACAAGACGGCGGAGGAGCUGCGGCGUCACCUGGCCGAGCAGGUGGAGCAGGCCGACAGGGCGCGCCUCCAGGCUGUGGAGGAGGUCCGCCAGGCCUGUCUCCAGCUGCACGACGACAUGAUGAACAAGCUGCGCUCCGAGAAGGUCGAGGAGUACGAGGCUGAGCUGGGCAGCGUCAGGGCGGACCUUGCCCGUACCCAAGAGGAGUUGCACGAUGUUAAAGAGCUGUAUGUCAAGGUGUGUCAAGAAAAGGAUCAGUUGGAGGAGAAAACGAACGAGGAGCGGAAGGCGUCGGUGGGCGAGCGUGAGCGGGCGGUGAAGACUGCGCUGGACCACCACUACGACCUCUGGUACGCCGACUGGAGGGUCAGCCAGCAGGCGGCCGUCGCCGAAGCCGUGGAGGCCGAGCGACGCCGGCAGAAGGUCGAGGUGGGCAGCGCCACAACACAGACCUGCGCGCCGGCGGCCGUGGUCAGCGCCACCCAGACCAGCCCGCGGCAGCCCGCCCCGCCGCCGCCGACUGCGCCCCACACGCAGCACAAGGCCGUCCAGUCGGACGACGAGACGUCCGCCCAGCACCUCGACAAGCUGAAGAAGAAGCUGAAGCGUGCAUGCCUGGACAAGAGAAAGCUGGAGUCGGACGUGCAGAGUUUGCAAGAGCACAUUAAGCAAUCUGCAUGCGAGCACGAAGAUAGGAUGAAAAAGGAGCGGGCCGAGGCGGACCGGAAGCUGCGCGAGCUCAAGCGCCGCUCCUCGGGCGGCACCGACAGCGAGCUGGUGCGGCGGCUGCGCCAGGAGCUGGAGCAGACGCACGCCCAGCUGCAGAAGCUGACGCAGCAGACCAGUGUCGAGAAGGAGGAGCUGGUCACGACGUAUGAGACCCGGCUGCGGCUGGCACUGGAGGAGGACCGCCGCCUAGCGGCCGCCGUCGUCACUACGCGCCGCAGUCAGCUGACGGCCGACCAGCUGACGGCCGAGUGUGAGCGGCUGCGCGCCGAGACCGAGCGCUUGAAGGCAGAGCACGAGAGGCGCCUGCAGGAGAGCGAGGAGGGCUACCAGCGCGGCCUGGCCAGCUACCGCGCCCUCAUCGAGAACAACGUGGCCGAGCUGACCAAGGCCGAGGAGGAGCUGCGCCGGCAGGCGGCCGCCGACACCGAGCUGCUGCGGCAGGAGAACGCCCGGCUCGCGGCCGACAACGCCCGCCUGGCUGAGAGCUACGACAACGCCCUGGCGCAGCGGCAGGCCGACAGGGAAAACUACGAACAGCAGGUGCGGCAGCUGGCGGCCGAGCUGGACGGCGGCGAGGAGCUGCGCGCCCGGCUGACAGAGCUCGAGUCGCGCCAACAGCAGGCCGACGCUGAGGCCACGGACCUGCGCGACAAGCUGCGCGCCAGCAAGGAGAAGCUGCGCGCCUACCACGGCUACGUCAAGGAGCGCGAGCAGCACUACGAUGCCGAGUUCCGCCGCCUCGAGGCCGAGUACCGCGUGGCCGUCGGCAAGAUGAAAGAGAAGGUGAUGUUGGCGCGCGAGGGCGCGACGGACGUCAACGGCGAGGAGCUGGGCCGGCUGCUGCACGGCGUGUCGGGCUUCCAGCGGACCGUGUCGCAGCUGCGCCAGGAGCUAACUGGCGCCACGACGGGUCGCGGCGUGUCGCCGCUGCUCCCCUCCGGUGACAACCCGCUGGCCUCGCUCGAGCGCAUCCGACGCGACCUCAACUACAUCUUCCCGCGCGAGGUGACCGGCCGAACGGUUUACAGGCGUCGCCGGCGCUAG